UAUAAAUAAUAUUUUGAGGUUAUGAUCAAUAACAAUAAAGCAAAACCAAAAUAAAACAGAAACUAUUUUAUGGAUAUUACAGUAUAAAUAAUUAACUUUUUACCCUGAAACAACUCACCGUACAAUGAACAAACUGGACCUCGAAGGGACGGCGCAUCUUCUAGAUGAGCUCGAUAAAAAACUAAUGGUUCUACUGCGGGACGGACGUACUCUUAUCGGAUACCUACGCAGUAUUGACCAAUUUGCAAACCUGGUAUUACAUAGGACAAUUGAGAGGAUCCAUGUUGGGAAGGAGUAUGGGGACAUCCCUCGAGGAGUUUUUAUUGUUAGGGGCGAAAAUGUUGUGUUGUUAGGUGAAAUAGACCAAAACAAAGAAGAUAAUUUACCAUUGCGUCAAGUGUCUGUAGACGAUAUUUUAGAUGCUCAACGUAAAGAGCAAGAGGGAAAAGUGGAAAAACAAAAAUUAAUGUCACAAGCUUUAAAGGAGAGAGGCUUUCAAAUGAAUUCCGACAUGACUCAUGAUGAUUAUUAGGUGAUUUCUUUUUUUUGUAUUUAUUUUUUGUAAUAAUUAUUCUUAUUUUAUU